ACCAGGCCGUGCAGAAGGGAGCUGAGCUGAUGCCCUGGGCCGAAACUGUGUCUGAUUACUACUCCCUACUGCUGGGGAUUGCUGGCUGGGACCAAAGAGGGACAGAUCGAGGGGUCUCUCUAUGUCCCCAGCAAAGAAGAAGAUGGUGGAUUUCCCAGGAUCCUUCACAGCCAGAUACUUCAUCAUUCUCCUCCUCUUUCUUCAGCUGCCCACUCUAUGCUCAGCUAAGUUUUCUGUGAUUGGACCUUCUGGACCUGUCCUGGCCCGUUUGGGGGGAGUCGCUGUGUUACCCUGUCACCUGGACUCCAAAGAAAGUGCUGAGGAAAUGGAGGUGCGAUGGUUCCGAACCCAACCCUCCAACAUCGUGCACCAGUUCAAGAAGGGGGACGUGUUUGGAGAGCAGAUGAAGGAGUAUCAAGGGAGGACGGAGAUGGUGAAACAUGCUAUCGACAAAGGGAGCGUGGCUCUGAGAAUACGCAACAUCAGCCUCUCUGAUGAGGGAAAGUAUCACUGCUCUUUCAAAGAUGACGCCAUGCAGGCUGAGACCACUAUGGAUCUCCAGCUGGUGGGUCCCUUAAUCCCGAGGGCCUACCCAUUGAUGGUGGCUCUAGCCAUUCUGGUGCCUAUUCUCGGACUGAUCAUUGCUGGGGGCCUUUAUGUCAUCUGGAAACAGCACAAGGAAAAACAGAAACUCAGGGACGAGCUCAAGUCAAACCGGGCAAAGUUAGAAGAACGUAAAAAAAUCUAAAGUUCUCUGAGGGUCUCAACUCCCUCCUGCCUGGGAGUCCAGGCUCUUCCUGGUAAGUCCCAGGAAGCCAGAUCCAGGACCAUUCCCACAACCCUCUGCAGCCUCCUCCUCUUCCUUCUCCCUGCUGCUGUUAGGGCCCCAGCAGCCUUCUGGAAUGCCUGGACCAAAGUGUGUGUGGGGGGGGAGGUUAAAAGGGGGCUGAAAAUCCAAGAAGGAAUUGGGUAUCCCUAGCAAGACUGGCGUGGACCAUUGGUUCUGAUCCCUGGGGGAAGACAGCUCCCCCGAGGAAGGAGGAAGUGGGAGAGAGUGUCUACUCUGGGCAUCUCCAAGCUGGAUCUGUGUUUUUAUCUCUGUUUUGGGGGAAAUAAAGGAUUUUUCUGAAGAGAA